UGGUGUACAGACAUAUUGAACAUUGCGUGGUCUACACAAACUAAUUGUAAUAUUUUUUUUUUAUUUCUUUCUGUAAUCCUUCCAUAUUCAUUAUUGACGAUACACGAGUGAUAAGCGCGAACCACAAGGUAAGCUAAACUUUUCCUAUUCUUCGGACACAUAAACGGGCAAACAAUCCUAAUCUAAUUCUAUUAUUCACUUCUCCUUACAGAAAAAGUAAAAAAAAACUUCAAAAAAAAUGAACGAUAUUAUUUGGCUCUAUUUCCUACGUUGGAGAGCAUUUUGUUGCUCUCCAGCGUCAACAGGUGGCGUUAAAUUUUAUUUACCCUUUCGCACCAACAGAUGGCGCUUUUUAUCGAACUAAACUGCUCCCGCGCGUUUCUGAUCGAAAAUGAUCGCACCAGUCUUCCAUGCGAGCUCGAACGAUAGCUCGAACAACCGUCGUACCGCACCUCUUCGAGCCUCGUAAACUGCCCGUAUUGUUCAUUGGGAAGAAACAGCGCAAGCAAGAAAAGCAAACACAUGUUUUUUUUGCGCGCAACAAAUCUAUAGCAAAAAAGGUAGCAUCACGAAGGUACCCAUGACACUUUUAAUUCGUGACGUCACAACAUUUUUAUACGACCUGCCCAAAACGAUAUUCUAUCCAUAGCUGUCCAAUUCCCUCCGCCAGCUGAAAUUGAGGAAUGGUGAAUUUGAUUUUGUGGUGAAAAUGUCACUUGGGCUUACUCCUGGUACAUCGAUUGGUAUAACAGCCGAACAAAAAUUAGCUGCAGCUCUACGGUUUUUCGCAACAGGUCACUUCCAACAAGGUGUUGGAAAAGAUUUCCACAUACCAAUGGCACAGUCGACGUUUUCUACUAUGUUGACCAAGGUUUUGAACAGUAUGGAACGGAAGCUAUGUUCAAAAUACAUCAUGUUGGAUAUGUCCGAAGCAGACGCAGAAGCAGCAAACCAGUAUUUUAACGAGAAAUCUGGAAUCAGUGGCGUAGUUAUGUGUGCAGAUGGGACACACAUCAGAAUAAAGCGCCCAAAUACGAAUGAGCAUUUCUACUACAAUCGCAAAGGAGUUUUCAGUAUAAAUGCUUUGAUGAUAUGUGAUCACCAGCAAAGAAUAAGAUUUGUAAAUGCAAAAUAUGGUGGAGCCAAACACGAUGCGCAUGUAUGGAACCGGAGCCCUGCGCGUAGUUUUUUUGCGGCCAAGCAUCGCAACGGCAACACAGCCUUUAAGUUGCUAGGUGAUUCAGCAUAUCCAAGAGAAGACUGGUUACUCAUACCUGUCAGAGAUGCAAAUCCGAGCUCUGCAGAUGCUCAGUACAACGAACGACACACUGCAGGACGUAUUAUAAUUGAGCGAACGUUUGGAGUUUUAAAGAGCAGAUUUCGAUGUCUUGCCGGAACACGAGAGCUACAAUAUGCACCUUCCAAAUGUGUUAAAAUAAUAAAUGUAUGUUGUGUGCUUCACAACAUGUGCAUCGAACAUGGAAUAAAUUCAUAACAAAUCAUGGUCGUUUAUUUGUGUUUUACUAACUAAAUUGAGGUACACAACAAUAGACAAGUAAAUGUGGAGAAACCAGAGAUGUGUGAACGAACCUUUGUCGCAAGGUUGUGUCACUAGUUGAGUGAUGAGAUCGUAAACUUUUGCCAUAUUCGUAGAUCGGUAGCACACUGUGCUUGCGUGUAUCUACUGGUAAAAUAGACUAAACAUGGUGCAGCCAGAAUCGCAUCGUUUAACUAAUAAAUCGUAUUUAGUUCGAGUUGUAUUGUUACAACAUUACACUUGGCCAGUGGCGGAUCUAACGGUGGGCGAAGUAGACAACCGCAAGGCGUCUCAUCCUUUCGAGGCCUCAAAAAUCUGGUUUUGUGUUCUCACGCGCUGUGAUAUUGUUUUGUGGUUAAUCACGGAACCCAAAAAUAUAGAUAAUAACUAUUACGAUUUAUUUCAAUACGACAAUAUUAACGCGACGCGAGCUCUGCAUGAUCGAACGCUACAAACCCGAAUGGCCGGUGAUCGAAAGGCCGUCCCGUGCCAACGUCCUUGCUAGAAUCCAAAAUGAGGGAAACAUGGUUGGGCCCACGAGCCUAGCACGUGGGAUCGCUGGGAUGACAUCUCUUGUCAUCUAAGGAUGUCGCACGUCGUGAGAAGCCCAGAUGACGAUGUCGCGUGACACAAGACGUGUCCACAACAUCUGGUUACUUAGAACAUGCAACACAAUGACAGAGUGUAAGAACACACUAGUAAAGGAGCCUCCACUAGCAUUUCACUCAGCACCUCCAAGAAGAAUGAUUUGCUACUGCUCUCGAUUUUCAAAUCUGCCCCAGCCUUUCAAAUGCGGUUCUUUUCCGCGAUGAAUGAUUGGUGCACUAUGUUUGGAUCUUCCGACACGUUCAUGUGAUUGAACUUACACGAACUUGCUUUUGAAUCGUAGCAACCACCUCAUUGAAAAACAUUUCAUGAAAACUCUGCUUGUAUUUCGUGUCCAUUUAUACUCCUUGAUUUUAAAGAAAGUUUUAUAUGACAUUUAAUUUUAAUAUCAAUAAAAAAUCAUUUAGGUUAUCACAAAAGAUGGAAAGGAUUUUAUUUUGGUUUAUAUAAACUAGAUUUUUGAAGCUUAACUAUUGCAUUGAAUGCAUACCAUGGUAAUCGAACUGGACUUAUAAAAAGGCUGUUUUAAGAAGAACAUAGCGUCUAAUACAUGUUUAGCUAAUAGCCCUACUUACAUCUAGUAUUGCUUAAAGUGAAUGACUAAGAUAAAAUUAAGGAAAAAAUAUGUUUGUAUUAUUAAAGUAGGUGAAAUAGAAUAAUAUGAAUUUAAUAUUUAAGAAUAAUAUGAAUAAUAUGAAUUAAUGAAGAAAAUUAAAAACAAGAAAUUAAAUAAAAAUAACAGGCACUAUACUAUAUCACAAGGUUUUAGCGUUUUAGCAAGGAUUUUGGCGUUUCAGGUUUUGGUUCAUUUCUCGAAGUUCUUGUAGGAUGAGGGUUUGGUUUUCUGCUAAUGUAUCCAUUUUUGUCACCAUCGAUUUCAAUAGUUCCGUCUGUUGUUGGGCUAAUUCUCUGAUGUCUAUUGUUUUUCUGCGUUUUUGUUGUGGCUGGUUUUCUUCGUCACUAUCGGUUAUCAAAAUGCUGGACUGUUGAUGUGGAUCCAAUGAGGAAUUGUUAUUGCUGGUACUGGUUUCAGAGAUGGUUGCGGAUGAAGAACUGUGUGUAUUUGUGUCUUGUUGAAACUGGUUGCUAUUGUGAUCUAUGCCGUAUAUGUUUCCUGCAUGGCCCUCGUCAUCGUCUUUGAAGCAAAGGAGGAGAGCAAUUCUCUCCUCCAAUGCGGUUAACGGCUCUGCAGUCGAGGGGCCUGCUCCCG